AUGAAUGUCAUCAAAUAUCUUGGACAUUUAAACUUUUUUUCAGCCAUCGAGACGCCAACGUCUGGAGCUGUGUGUAUGACUGUUGAGCAUUUGAGGCCCACCGACAACUCAUCGCAAUUCUUUGAAUGUGCACCACUGAAUGACGAUGAGAUCAAAGGCUACUCUUUGAGCGAGAAAUAUUUGGGAAUUUGGAAUCUUCGUGAUUGUCCGCAAGAUCAUGCAUUCGAUGAGAGCAAACAGAAGUGUGUCGAGAAAAAGACGUUCCGAAGGCAGCAGACCACUUGUGCUCAAAACGCACAAGCAAUCGGCUGCUCAGCGCCUUGCCAAGUGUCCAACAAAGUCGCUGUGCAAGGAAUGGAGUGCAAUUGGAAGUCUUCAAACCUUCAGCUUGAUCCAGCCAGCAAUUCUUACUUUUUCCAAUGUGUUCCAACAACUCCAAGUGAUUCUUGUGGUGAAUGGACCCGAAUGCAAUGCUCACAGUCAACAGUUUUCUCAGCUGAGCUUAAUGUCUGCGUACCAGCGACUAUUAAAAACUCAUGUGAUAGCUCAACACAGACUGCUGUCUGCAAUUGCGGAAAAGGUUCCAAUUCUUGUCCGGGUUCCACAACCUGUCAAAAUAAUGUUUGCUGCCAACAAACCGACGUUCUCAACUUGAACAACUUGAUUCAGCAUCAAGCUCCAAUUUGUCCCGGAUCUCUAGUACCACCACUUGGAUCAUGCAACGAGCAGUGCCCCCAAUAUUCGGCCUGCACUCCAGGAAUUGGCUGCUGUCCAGUACCAGUAAAUGAACAACCAACCGGAACCAUCAAAAUUACUCUCUGUCCUGGUUCAUACGCUCCUCCACUUGGCCAUUGCGGCAGCUGCCCAUCAGGAACUGAAUGCAAUCAGCAACUUCAGAUGUGUUGUCCUCUCCAGAGGCAACCAUCAACGGAUAUUGUGUAUAAUGUAGUGCUUCUUUGCCCUGAUGGUACUCCAUCUUCCACUGCUUGCUCAAAGGGAUGUGGUCCGAACAACGCGUGCUUCCAAGGAGCAUGCUGCCCAAUCCGCUGCCCAGCUGGACAGAAUGCGGUUGGCUUCUGCUCAUCUGGUUCGUGUGGAGCUGGAAGCUGUUAUGCUCAGACCACAUGCUGUCAGGAGCCCGUCAAACUUCCAGUUUGUUCCAAUGGACAAAUUUCCCAAAAGAGAUGCUCAGUUAGUGCCGAAUGCGGACCAAACCUUGAAUGCUCAAACGGUGGAUGCUGCCCUAUUCCAUUCUGUCCUACAGGCGUUCAAGCCCGCGGAAGAUGCGACCAAUUCAACGGAUGUCCAGCUGGACAAAGUUGCAUGGAAGGACUUUGCUGCCCACUUCCAAGGUGUUCGAAUGGAAUCACUUCUCUUGGGUUCUGCACAAGAACUCUCGAUUGCGGAAGAAUUGGUGUAGAAUGCUCGAAUGGAGCUUGCUGCCCGCUUCCGACCUGCCCCAACAACGCAGCGGCAACUCAAAGAUGCUCAAGCGGCUGUAACAAUUGCUGUCCAACCGGCCAAACCUGCAUUAAUGGAGGCUGCUGUGAUCUUCCAAGCUGUCCAUCCGGAGGAAUCGCCAUUUCGAUCUGCAAAGGCAACUGCGGAAAUGGUUACGAAUGUGUGAACAAUGGAUGCUGCGCGCUUCCAAGAUGUCCAAGCGGUCUUAUGGCGGUUCAAAGAUGCACGAUGGGUAUUGGAUGCCCACCAGGAAAUCAAUGCGAAAAUGGUGUGUGCUGCGCAAUGCCAAUGUGUUCAAGCGGAACCAUUGCUUCGUCCGUUUGCGGAAUGGCUAAUUCCUGCCCAAUAGGAUACAUUUGCGAAGGUCGCGGAUGCUGCCCCGAACCUCUUCCAUUGUGCCCAAAUGGAGGAAGAUCGUCAAUGAGAUGCUAUCGAGGAGCCGAGUGCCCGCCAGGAUAUGGUUGCACACCUCUUGGUGGUUGCUGCUUAUUAUCGAUGGAGCCUGUAUGCCCAACCAGGUCGAACGCCGUUUGCCAAUGCUCGCCAAACAAUGCAUGCCCUUCCGGUUCGAGUUGCUCGAUGGGAACCUGCUGCUCCUCAAGCGUUAGCGCAAUUGUGUCGUACAGUGUUCCGGGAACCUCGUGUCAAUCGUCAAGCCAAUGUAACGGCUACACAAACAGUUGCUCGCAGUGUGUGCAAGGCAUUUGCUCUUGUGUUAACGGAGCUGCUUCAAAUGGUGCCACAUGCGAACGAAUGCCGGCCACUGUGUUGACAUUGGCCCGAAACGGUUGUGAUCAGUACGGCUCACCGUGCAAAUUCCUUUUAUCAACAGCAAGAAGGCGCCCGAUUUUUGCCCCAAUUGGCAAUAUGACCGAGCAGCCUCUGUUUUUCAAUGUUGCCUCGAAGAGGAAGUGUGUGAUGAAUAUUCAGAACUUUGAAUCCGAUUCCACUUGCCUUCCAAAUGAGAAAUGUAUUGACGGGGAGUGUCGAAUGAAAUUGUGGCCAGGUGAAUACGGUUGCCAGACAGAUCUUGAAUGCCAGAGUAGGUGCCCAAAUACCUAUUGUGAGAAGAAGAAGAGUGAUAAGAAUGUUCCACAAUGCCAAUGUAGUGAUGGAAUGUUGCUCUAUGGAAGAUGCUUCUCCCAGUGCCCUCGUGGCUUCCAUGAAUCCGGCGCAUUCUGCAUGCAUGAUGACGAGGAGAAAUUCUGGUCAGACGCCGAUGCACAAAACAAUCUCAAAGCAUUAUUAAACGCGGGUUCCUGCUAA